UUUUGAACACAGCCCAAAUUCCAAGUGGCUUUCUCCUGUUGUGUUGUUCGAAGAUUGUGUUGCCGCUUCCUCCAAAUCUCCUCACCGUCGCCGUCUGAACUCUGAAGUCGCCUCACCUCCCUCCCGCCGUCUUUUCGUUCAAGUCCACCGAAAGCGGGGCCAGAGAGGAGAAACAUGUGAUGGGAGGUGACUUCUAGGUUCGGCGAUUUACAUAUUUCACCUAUCCAUUUUCCCAAAUUUUUUUUUGGCCAUUUCCCAUCUCUUGGGUUUCUCUAUUUCCCCUGUUUCUCUCUUCUCCGGCAGCCACUCACCGGCCACGCCAACCCCUUUCGUUCUUCUCCCUUGAUCUCAAUCGUUGCCAUUUCGGUCGCGGGCGAACCCCAGUAUCAAUUUUUCCCCAGGGGACACAGGGAUUUCUAUUUCCAUUUCCAUUUCCAAUUUAGCUAUGAAUCCUUUAACCUUAGUCAAACGCAUCCAGAAGAUCAAUUCUCAAGAGGCAGCGCUUGGGAUUUCUGAGGAAGCUUCAUGGCACGCCAAAUACAAAGAUUCCGCUUACGUUUUCGUCGGAGGCAUUCCUUAUGAUCUCACUGAGGGUGACCUCCUCGCCGUCUUCGCCCAGUAUGGGGAGAUUGUAGAUGUCAAUCUUAUCAGAGACAAGGGUACGGGAAAAUCAAAAGGCUAUGCCUUUGUUGCAUAUGAAGAUCAGAGAAGUACAAAUCUUGCUGUAGAUAACUUGAAUGGCGCACAGAUUCUAGGUCGAAUCAUUAGGGUUGAUCAUGUGUCUAAAUAUAAAAAGAAGGAAGAGGAAGAUGAAGAAGAAGAACAAAAAAAGAGGGAAGCUAGGGGUGUUUGUCGUGCCUUUCAAAGGGGUGAAUGUACUCGCGGAGCUGGUUGCAAAUUCUCCCAUGAUGAGCAGAGAGCUGCAAACACGGGCUGGGGGGCGGCAGAAGAUGCAAGUUCAAAAUGGGGGCAUGACAAGUUUGACAGUAGAACAAAUCACGACAAAGAAUUACGUGCAAAAGGAAGGAAAAAUAGUGAUGACUUAGGAAGACAUCCAAGGGAAACUAGUGGGAGUCUGAGGCAGGAAAAUAGACCGAAAGGUUGGGAUGAUAGUAAAGGAUCAGAACUCAAGCCGAGAGAGGAUCAUUGGAGGAGAGAUGAGAAGAGAUCGAGAAGAUAUGAUCUUGAUGGCAAUCCUGAUCCGAAGUUAGGAGAUGAUCGUUAUAAAAGGGAAGAGAAGAGAUCUACAAGGAACCACGAAUACGAUGAUAACAGGAAAGACGAGAAAAGAUCGAGAAAACAUGACAAUGAUGAGGAGAUGAAAUUAGAAGAUGAUCGCUAUAGGAAGGAAGAAAAUAGGUAUAGAAGGAACCAAGACAAUGAACUUCCACAGCAUUCGAGAAGAAACUACAACACAAGGGAAGAAGACAGAUCAUCAAAAAGGCAUGGUGACGAAGAGUAUCAGCCAAAGUUGGGGGAAGAUGAUAAAAGAAGGGAAAGAGAUAUAUCAGUACGACAUCGCUCAGAAUCACACAGGAGGGAAAAUCCGAAUGAGAAGAGAGAUUUUCGGUCCUCUCAUGGUGGUAGAGAUUCUUCAUCACAUUCUCAUACAGAAAGAAACGAGGACCGUCGUAGAUAAAAUGAAUGGCUAGACAAUGUAUCAUCAUGGUUAGUCCUCUCAUGCUAAGUUCCAACAUUAUUGUAGAACAUAAUUUGGUUAGAACAUAAUUUGGUUUUCUGAUGGCCUGUGUUUGUUUCCUUGUAUUGUAUUAGCAACUUUUUUUUGGCCCCACUAUUUGUACUUUCAAAAUAGGCAGUAACUCUUUGAUGUGGAAA